GCAGAGGUCCUUCCCAUUGUUGUCUCUGCAGCCCAGCCUGAUAGUCUUUGUGCUUUAAGUAGAAGCUAUAGGGAACAUCAUGCAGACGAGUCAAAUAUCUUAUGAAAUGCCAUUACAGGGAGGAAAAGAGAGUACAAGUCUCCCCACCAUUGACAAGAGGACCAAGUGCCUUUAUACCAGAGAAUGAAGUUAUGCAAGCAAAUGGUUUGGAUGAACGUACUAAUCUUCUUGUGGAAGAAUAUUCUACGUCUGGUCGCCUGGACAACAUCACACAGGUCAUGAGCAUCCAUACUCAGUACCUGGAGUCUUUCCUCCGCAGCCAGUUCUAUAUGCUGCGCAUGGAUGGGCCCCUUCCUUUGCCCUAUAGGCACUACAUUGCUAUAAUGGCUGCUGCCAGACAUCAGUGUUCCUACCUAAUAAAUAUGCACGUUGAUGAGUUUCUAAAGACUGGUGGGAUUGCAGAAUGGUUGAAUGGUUUGGAAUACAUUCCCCAAAGACUGAAAAAUCUGAACGAAAUAAACAAACUCCUUGCACACCGGCCCUGGCUAAUCACAAAAGAGCACAUUCAGAAACUUGUCAAGACUGGGGAAAAUAAUUGGUCUCUUCCUGAACUGGUGCAUGCUGUUGUCCUGUUGGCACAUUAUCAUGCCUUGGCAAGUUUUGUAUUUGGUAGUGGCAUUAAUCCAGAGAGAGAUCCGGAUACAUCUAAUGGAGUCAGACUUAUAGCAGUCAACAACUUCUGUGUCUGUGAUCUUGCCAAUGACAACAACAUAGAAAAUGCAUCCCUCACAAGUAGCAACUUUGGGAAUGUCAUGGUGUUUUUGCAGAUUGCAGAUUCUUUAAGUGAGCUGGAGGCCUUGAUGGAAAGGAUGAAGAGACUACAAGAAGAUAAAGAGGAUGAAGAAGCCUCUCAGGAAGAAAUGGCAACUCGCUUUGAAAAGGAGAAGAAGGAGAGUCUGCUAGUAAUUAGUGGAGCAUUUGAUGAUGAAAUAGUUUCUACAGAUGUCUCCCGUUAUAUUGAAGAUCCUGGGUUUGGGUACAAAGACUUUGCAAGGCGAGGAGAAGACCAUCUGCCAACAUUCAGAGCUCAGGACUAUACUUGGGAGAAUCAUGGCUUUUCCCUUGUAAACAGGCUUUAUUCUGAUAUUGGGCAUCUUCUGGACGAGAAAUUUCGGAUGGUGUAUAACCUCACAUAUAACACUAUGGCAACACAUGAAGACGUUGAUACAACGAUGCUAAGAAGAGCUUUAUUUAACUAUGUCCACUGUAUGUAUGGAAUCAGGUAUGAUGACUAUGAUUAUGGGGAAGUUAAUCAGCUACUUGAACGCAGCCUGAAGGUUUACAUAAAGACAGUGACCUGCUACCCAGAGAGAACUACCAAGCGCAUGUACGAUAGUUACUGGCGUCAGUUCAAGCACUCGGAGAAGGUUCAUGUCAAUCUACUUCUAAUGGAAGCUCGGAUGCAAGCCGAACUUCUGUAUGCCCUUCGUGCCAUAACUCGUCACUUAACCUGAAGGAUUUGCUGGGCAGGAGUAAAGAAGUUUUUACUGAGUAUGUAAAGACCUUUUGAAAUAGAUACACACCAGAAGCUGUUUGUGAUGUAGCAUCAGGUUAUUCAAUUCUCUAGUGUCAAAGUUUAGCCGUGCUUCUUGGCGGCUGUAAUGUGCAAUGACGUGUUUUAUUUUCUUGAUGCUUAACAUUACUAAUGAUAACAAAAGUAACACUGAGGAGCACUACUCUGCAUUGUUUCCGCCUGGAUUUCUGCGCAGUGGUCAGGAUCCUGAAACUGUUUUUAUUAUAUCCAAUCCUAGCGCUUUGUUCUUUAGGCACUGGAGUGAAGUGCUUAGAGACUUCUUUUUCCAAGCAAUCAUUUUUCAGAUUAGUGGAGUCCAGCAGAAGAUCAGUUUUGCCUGUCCUGAGAACGUACCAUCAUGUCCCGACUCAUGACAGAGACACGCGGGCUGUGUUGCAUUGAAAUGCCCACUGGAUUCUUCUGUGUCUCCCGGAGACUGCUGCCAGUCACUGUCUUACUACAGCAAUUGGAGGUGAUGCGAGAUGUGGAUGCAAACAUCGAGCACACUUUAAUGUGAAAUUAAUCUUGAUAAAUCCUACAGCAUGCUACUGAAGUGCGAAAUUCAUCUGCUUUGUCAUGCCCCUUCCCAAGAGAAGAGGCCUCAUGAUUUGCCAUUUCAGUCACACUUACUGUGUUUCAAUCAUGCAUAACCUUGUUUUACUGACAGUCACCCUCAGUUGUCCUGACAAUAUCCAUGCUCAUCACAUGUUGCAAUUUUUUUAGUUGGCACCUAUAAAAUUAAUACGCAGGCUGACCAAAAAUAGGGUUGUGGGUUUUUUUGCACUCUCUCCUUUAUCAAUGUUGUAACUAAGGAAAGUAAAGGAAGGCUAGCAUAUCUGUUCUUUCAUAUUGGAUGUAUAGAAAUCUACUUCCCAUAACUUUUUCAUAGCAUGAAAUUGUAAUAUUCAAAGUUUAAAAAGUUUCUAUGCAUUAGUGUGAGUGAACAAAAGAAAAGUGCAAUAUUUAAAAAGAAAUCAAGCUUUUUUCCCUGACAUGCCACUGCUAAAGUGUCCUUUUUAUAUAGCCAUAAAGAAAUUUUAAAACCAAAUUUCUUUAUUGUCUAAGGCCUAGCAGUUUUGUUUUAGCUUUUACGGCUUAAGACAACCUGAUACUGAGAUGCCAAAGCAUCCCCAAAACAAAGCAUUUUUGGACAACCAGUAAUAUUGGGGAAGGGAAGAAAUAAGCUGCCAAAAAUGUCACACUUUUGUGCUGGUUUUUGUUGCUUUUGACUAAUUUUUAAGAGCACAAAAUGUUGAUAUUUAUAGCUUUAUUUUGUAUUGCAUUAAUGAACCAGUGAAGUGCCUAAAGAGAUGCUUAAACUUACCCAGUAGAACACAAGUUGUCACUGCUUCAACUUUUGUCUGUUGGUUUGGACUUUUCAUAUUUCUUUUGAGGAGGGUGACCUUUAUUUCUGUGGCAUACAUUCAAAACUAACUCGUCAGGUUUGAUUUUAAUAUUCCAUUGGAUUGUAGAAAUUAAUACAGAAUUUUUUUUCAUUAGUGAUUGCGGAAUAGUUAAAAAAAUACUACCAGUCAUAUUUUGACACUUUUCAUUUACAAAAUCCUGGACCAGUACUCUCUUCUAAAGUUAGUUUUCUCUUUUUUCCCUUUUAUGAUCCUUGCUGUGACUUCGCAUGUUGGUUUUUCCGCUUUAUCUAUCUGUUCCAGAUUGGAAAGCUAAAUGAUUGUACACUUUUCUGCACUUUCAGACUGCAGACUCUGCAUGUGAAAACCUUUUGAGGAAGAAAUCAGUAAUGAAUUUUUUUAAUGCCGUGUUGGCUAUUUAGAAAACUACCCAACAGACAGCAUCAGACUGUCUUCUAGAGAGAGCAUUGGAUAGAACAUCAGAUUUAUUUAUCUUGUAUAGCUAACUGCAAAGAUUUCUCAGAAUUAUUGAGAUGCUCAUGUGUAUGAACUUAGAUUAACUUUCUAAGUUGUUAUGAUUCUUUUUCCUCCCUCCUGUGAUUGUAGUGGCCAUACAUAAUGGCUUUUGUGCAUAGAACAGUUCUGCUGAGAGAAGUUUUCAUGCAAUACUUUUGCUUUUUUCAAGUGAUGGGAACUGUUCAGUAUUAUUUUGAAUUCCUUUGUUUUGAAAAGUCAAGUAGUUCUCAAGAAGCACAGCUGAGCUCUGGAAAGGAGGUGAAAUUAGACUUGGGUAACUAAUAUGAUGGCUUAGUUUCCCUUCAGAAAUGCAAAGACUUCUUGGGUAGGUUGAGUUUUACAUUUGGAAUCAUGAGUGCCUUUACUUCUUUCAUAUGAAAUAUACUUGCUAGCUCAAAUGCCUUCUGAGCAAAGUACAUGACCAGAUUUGAAAUACAGAAACCAUAAAUGGAUUGCUUCAUAAAAUUUGUAGUAAACCAGUGUUUUGUUUUGGUUUUUUUAAGGUGCCAUAUCAAGUCACAUAUGGCCUGCAAGACAUUCCGUCAUAGGAAAUGUCAUUGUACAACUAGUUUGCUAUUUCAAUUUUUUUUUUUAAAUAUUAAAUGCAAACUUGAAACAUCUGGUAAAGUUUUCCACGUGGCAUUUUUUUUUUGCAUUUACAGUGCAAGAAUUUAUAGCCUAGUUUUUACAAUCAAAUUUUGGGGUUUUAAUAGAUGUUUGUUCAGAAUAGGUGUUUAAAGUCAGACAAUGCUACCAUACUCUUUUCGCACACUUUAGGUUCACACUGUGCCAAAUUUUAAUGUGCAAGUGUUCUUGGAUUUUUUUUGCGUUUUUAAGCACUCGUGAAUGUGAAUCUUCACACUUCAUUAAUAUUUUUCCUAAGAGUACGGUAAUCAUUGGAAAAGUAGAUACUCUCCCUCUGUGUUCCUUUAUUGAAAUUGGUAAUUACCAGCAUUGUUAGUCUACAAAAUCCCAGCCAUGACCAACAUAAAAACAAAGUGUACAGUCUCCUGUCUACUGAAGAGAAAGCUUGGUAGGUACAAAUUAACCAACUAGCACAGGGAACACUGUAAGUAGGGAACAGAGCUUUUGAGCAUGGACAGCUUCUUAUCAUUGCAGAGUCACUUUAAAAUGUGUUGCAGUAGAGUACAUCCUUGCUGAAAUUCCUACAUUCUUUUUUGUAAUAAAGAGAAGUGAAAAAGGUGCCAAUUGGAGAAAGCAUUUACAUUUUCCGGAACACUCUACCCACAGCUGAACAUCACGAGACUGUCAUCAUACAAGAACAGAAAUAAUUUUUAAAACAGAAAUAAUAAUUUUAAACUUGGGUGCAUUUUGUGCAGAUAGCUGCUACAGCUACUAUUGUAGCAGAAUUUUGGUGAGCUGUAGAUGGAUUUAUUUUCAUCAAGGAUGAACUGAAACAUAUAUCCUUUGCCCUAAAGCCUUCAUUAAAAUGAAAAUCAUAGAAUCACAGAAUAUGCUGAGUUGGAAGGGACCCAUCAAGAUCGAGUCCAGCUCCUGGUCCUGCACAGGACCAUCCCCAAGAGUCACACCAUGUGCCUGAGAGCACUGUUCAAACACUUCCUGAAUUCUGUAAGGCUUGAUGCUGUGACCACUUCCCUGGUGAGCCUGUUCCAGUGACCAACCACCUUUGGAGUGAAAAACCUUUCCCCGAUAUCCAACCUAAACCUCCCCUGACACAGCUUUGUGCCAUUCCCCCGAGUCCUGUCACUGGUCAUUGGUCUUGAGACUGAAGAGAUUGGCGAGGUCUCCUCUCAAUCUCCUUGAGGCUGAACAGACAAGUGACCUCAGCCACUCCUCAUAUGGCUUCCCCUCCAGAUCCUUCACCACCUUUGUUGUCCUCCUUUGAACACUCUCUAAUAGUUUAAUGUCUUUUUUAUAUUGUGGUGCCCCAAACUGCACACAGAACUCAAAGUGAAGCUGCACCAAUGCAGAGUAGAGCAGGACAAUCAUCUCCUUUGACCAGCACCUUGAUCCUUGAAAAGGAUGUACUUUCAGCUGUACGAGUUAAAGAAUUGCCACUAUCAGCUCUUCCUAUGUAUUAAAAAAAGCCUUUAAGGACAGGAAAAUCAGUGAUUGUAAACAAUUAUAUAUGUGGGUCUCUGUAAAUGUAAAACAGAUCAGAACAGAACAAAAAGGAAAACAUUUUGCUGCUCUGUUACUUGAGUGCAGAAGUUCAAAGCACCAAAUUCUUCAAAAGUAUUUUUGUUUGUAGUGAUGCUGAUAGAUAUUUUCAUGGGUUUGGAAAAAGCAGCUAGCUACCUAAAUUUCAGUGGACAUUUAAGCACCCAGGCACUCGGCAAAAUCCUAGCAGGUGCCCACUUGCAUUUUUGAGUCAAAUUUUUAAAGAAACUUAGUCACCUAAAUUCAACAGAAUACAAUUAGUUUCCAUAGAGAUUAAAGGAAUAAUGUGUACCAGAUCCAUGUGAUUUGCAGCAAUUGUUAAUGAAAUGGGUUGUUUUGGGGACUUAAUGUAGGCUUACAGAAAUCUCUCCCAAAGCAGUUAAACUGUAAGCUGCUGCUCUUGCAGAACAGGUUCUCAAUGUUUCUCAUGCAUGUGUGUUUUCCAUGAACAUAGGCAUGCAUUUCAGGCUCAUGUUCCAGAAUUUGGACUCCCUUUCAGAAGAGCUGGAUUAUUUAACUUCUACUUGCAGAAAAGAUUCAUUUGAGGUAGUAAGUGGAUAACUUGUGCCUGGGCUAAAAAGUUUUGGCUAGAAAGAAAUACUGAAGUCUUCUUGAUCUCAAGUGAUGUUCUUUCAGUUACUUUCCUUAGAGGUUUGGAUCCUUCUCCCGUAAGGGAUGAUGUUGCACAAAAUAAAGGAAGAGGGGAGUGGAUUCAUUUUAAAUGAACUUUCCCAGAGAAGAUCUGAAUAUAAAGGUGUAAGAAUUAAUUUUCUGUUAAUGAUCAUUCCAAGAGCUGGACAAAAUUGUCAGUUUUCACUAUCUGAACUUCAGAUUUACAGUCCCUAAUGUCCCCCAGCACUAUGUCUAUCUGAAGAGAUGCAUCCACCAGCUUUUCUGUAUCUAGGAAUGUAAGUGAAAGUUUUUAUCUCCAAAUGAAAAUUAAUUUAGCAUUUCAUACCUACUGCAUAGAUCACAGGUGUGGGAGAUGGAGAGAGCACAGUAGUAUGAGGAAACUUUAGGAGCAUCUUGAUCAGUGUUAAUUUAUUCUGUAGAGCACAUUUCCUGUCAUGUGGUCAUGCUGCUGCUCCCCAAACACACAUCAGGUCUGUUUUGCAGACAUUUAAUCCUUCUGCCACUCAUUAGGGGCAAAAAUUGUCAUUUUCCAACCUGUCACCACCCCCGUCCUUCAUCAAGUGCUUCCUGUCUUCCCAAUUCACAGCCCUGAGCAACCACACAGGGACAACCUCCCAGCCUUAACUUUGAAAAAACAAGAUUGAAUUGAGUGCAGAGGCUCUUUCUUAUGUUUAGAAACACUUAAUUGCCAUAUUAGGUUAUUUCUGGACAGGAAAAUUCUAUAUGUGGUUUGAAAGGAUGAAACUCAGUAUAUUUAGGUAGCAUUUGCCAGUAGCAUGUAAGAGCCCAUCUCUGGAGUUACAGUAAAAAUCCAGUGGAUACACUAAGGAAACACUUUCUUUGGCGAAGCACCCCAUGUUUGAGCUAUUCAACUGUGCAGGUUUCUCUGAGGGACAUCUAAUGGGGGAUUUGAGGUCCCUUUGUGCCAGGCAGGCUUACAGGGCCAUUGGGUCAGCAUCCCCUCAGGUGUCUUGCAGCCUGGCAGACUGCAUCCAGCCUCUGGAACAAGAGGAUUUGGGUUUUUCACUUACCAAUGGGAAAAAAAUCCAAAUGCACGCUGUGGAGUGGCUGCUGGAGACAGCAGCAGGGUUGGGUAUUUCUAUGGGUACUGAGUAUCACCAGGGCUUGUGGAAAAUAAAAACCUGAAUUCUGCCCUUGUUCCUGACAGCAGUUAGAGGUGGUACUGAAGAUGCCAAUUAUUUUACUAACUGUGGGGAGCAAGCUGUGCUAUCAGCAUCAGGAGGUACAGAUCACAGGCAUUCUUGAGGGGAUACGGCCAGCACAGGAGGAGUUGAUGUGUUGGUCAGUGGCAGAAACUUCACUGAUGUGUCCAAGAGGUUCUUUUCUAUGCCUGUGCAUAGGGGAGAUGGUGGAAGAUGCCUCCUUCCAAGGUGUCCAGAGGGCUGCUUUGGGAAAAGGGCUGGGACCCUUUGCUUACUCCACAGGUGGAGCAGGGGAAGGGAACCAGUCACUUCUGCCCAAGAAAAACUUGCCACUGUUGAAUUGCAUUUUCUUGCCCCCAUCAGGCAUUUGACGGGAGUUUUCAGGCAAAAUGGGUGAAUCACCAAGCGUUGUGUCUCCAGCUGAGGGGUCUGAGGGGCAGCGACAGCAGCAGGUCCGAACAUGCACUGUCCAAAACUGUUUCUCAUUCCUCACUUCAUGCUCAUGUCGUGCCACCAGACCCAAAACUCUUCCCUCCAACCCGGCUGCCACAUGCCCAGGUGCCUGCAGGAGCAGCCCACUCAGGGUGGUGAGUAAUGCAGCCACUUUUAGGGAAAAAAUCAUAGUAAUUAGGCUACAGCCCUUGGACUCUGCAAGGCAAUGCAGUCAGAGAUCUUUCCACAACUGUGACCAGAACUGGAUAUAAACUGUAGCUUAAAAAAAUGGGAAUUUUGUAAACUUGAAAUCUCUUGGUUUUACCCUCUUCUCCUUUUGCUGGAAAGCCACACGAUGAAUGUAUACGCUUUAUCUUUCUAUCUGACAUAACUGAAAAUCAGACUGCCAACUCCUUGUUUUGUAUUAGCCUUUUUUUUUUAAAAAAAAAAAAAGUUUGUGAGCAAUAUAUGUAGCAUGCUGUGAACGUCUGUUUUGAUCUUUAUAGUUACUCUUUAAUCCAUCAGUAUUAACACCAGUUCUUUUUUGUGUUCCCCUUGGUACUUCGUAUGCAGUGUAAGCAGAAGCUGUGAUCGGCUUUGCAGUCCUGUGCCAUGUUACUGUAACUCCUUGAUUUUUUAGGAAGCACCUGACUGUGGGCCACCCUGGGGCAGGUAGCGUGCCCGUACACGACUGCCACUUUUCGGUCUCUUGUACUAUGUAUAGUUUUAAGUAGAAUAAGCUUUUUAACAGAAUAUUGAUGCAGUUUAUGAGUCACGCAGGCUGCAAGUGUCUGGUGUGUGAGAGUCUUUGUAUUUAUAGUUGUUGGGGUUUGGUUUUUCUGUUUCGUUGUUGUUUUUUGUUUUGUUUUUUUUUUUUUAAAUUCAUAAAGUAGCAAACUUGAUAAACAUAGCCACUUUAAAUUUCUCUUGCUAAACAGACCCUGCUGUAGAUAAAAUACCACUGUAGAUACAGAGAGGAGUGCCAGCUGUUCUCUCUGGACUGUGGGUGAGCUGAGCCCCUCUCUGCAAAAAGCACGAUCAGAGCUGCACGGCCACCCUGUGUUUGACUACGUUUGGACCCAAACACCAGGAAGGCUUGGGUCUGGCAUGUGUUUCAGCCCCCUGUGCCCGUAAGCCUGCCACUGGCUGUCCCCCCACAGUCUGCUCACCAGUGCCUGGGGGGGAACAUGAGCCUUGCUGGGGUGAGAGGGAUGGAUGGACAAGCCGCUGGACUGCAGAUGUGGUCACGGUGUUCCUGCAGCUGAAAAGCUUCAAAGCCUCUCUAGAGUGCAAAAAUUAGCCCUUGUUUUGCUGUCUGCAGAGCCUGGCACGUCGGGGAAAGAAGCAGUGCUGGCUCUCUGUUGGCAGCCAUGGGUCUGAGCCCCCUUGGCUGGGGUGGCAGGCAGGCCAGGGCAGGCCAGGGCAGGGCAGUGCUGUGCCCGAGGAGGGGUGUUUCAUUGCAUCUCCCACCUCUGACCCUCUGGACAGGGGGUAAAUUGUACCCAGCCCAGCAGCUCUCAGCUUCUUGCCUCCUUCUGCCACAGCCAUGUGGGUGUUUCAGGAUGGAGGGUUAAGGACAAAGCUCUGAUCCUGCUGCUCCCUCCCACCACCACAAAGUGAGGAAGCGUGGUAGCUCUAUGGGUCCCACAGUCCCUACAGCAUCCUGCAGGCAGGUGGCACAUCACCUGUCCUGCCUCCCGGCCCACCUGCCCUGAGCUCUGGAGACAGGCUACAGGCUUCAUACUUUCACAGGAGGUUUGCCUGCAAGGUGAGGCAGCUGCUAGGAGCUCACUGUGGGUUCCCAGAGCAGCUUUUAUCCUUUUUUUUUUCUGUUGUUGCUGGUUGGGUUUGUUUUUUUUCUGCAGAGGACAGACUGACCUAGUGGGAUGGAUUUUUUUUUGUGUGUGACUUUUGUUAGUUUUUAAGUUACCCGACUUGAAUUUAUCUGAACAGAUGCAGAAGGAACUUUUUUUUUUUUGUGAGUUAAGAGACAAAAACGCAUUUUUAAACAAAGGAAUCAUGUAUUAACAUUUUAACAGCAAUUCAUAAAUCUGCACUUUUUAUGAGGUUUUGAAAAAUCUAUUUAUAGGUACGGAACAAUGGGGUUUGUUUAAAACUGUAUCGCAUUUAUACUUGCUGAAAUUACUUUCAUUGUUAUCAGUAGGAAUUUCAUUGGUUAAAUAAAAUGGAUAAAACCUG